AUGUCCGGGUCCUCCUCAAGAUCGCUAGGCGUCAGCACAUCCCCUUUGACAAAAAAGAGAUUAGGGUUUCCUCACAUCGGUCAUCCGUCCACAAAGUAUCUGACCAACUGGAGCGUACAGCAAUCCGCAAGCGGCUGGCUUAGCCUUGGGAACUACUUUGGGCAUUCGGCGGUUUUCAUUACCAAGAUCAAGGCUGACCCGAUACCGCAAAGCUUUGACACACUACAGCCGGCAUUUCAUGUCAAUAUUUGCUCGGUAAUCGAGGCAUUUCUGGACAAAAGUUCAAUAUACAUGGUUUACGGGUACUAUGGAAUCAUCGUUGAUCUUGCCCAAGUUGGCACGAGUCCAGCAGUGAGACUCACAGAGCCAGAUCUUGCAAGCAUAUGCAGAAGCGUUCUAAAUGGCCUCCAGUAUAUUCACAGCCAACUUGGCGUUGGACACGGAAACAUCACUAGAAGCAAUAUUCUCCUGUGCGAAAACGGGGACAUCAAGAUUGCAAACGUGGGCACUAGCAUGCUAGACCAGGUUCCUUUGUCCGAGAUGGAGGCUGACUGUCGCAACGUUGGGAACCUUUUGAUUGAGAUGAGCGACCCCAAAGCCAUCUUGGAUCCGCUCCGAAGAAAAAUCCCAGCUAAUCUCUCAAAAUAUGGUCAGCAUUUUGUGACCCAGGUUGGGUCGUCGUCUUAUUCAUACAUAUUUGAGCAUGCCUUUUUACAGCAAGCCAGUCCUGAUCAUCGAAUGUGGCAUCUGAUUCCCCACUACUGGGACACCCUCGCCCACUGGGGUCCGAUAAUUCGAUCAACAGGCAAUGAGUUUCGAUAG